UUUUGUUGCAUGCUUUUGAAAAAUAUCAUCUAUAUUCAACCGACGACGGGUUUAAUGUAUUAUAUUAAGGUUAGUACCGUCCUUAUUCUACUUUCUGUUUUGUAUCCACUUUAGGUUUAGUACAUUUCCUAUUCUACUCCGAGAAGAACUGAGCUGUUGACUUGACGCUUAUUAUGAAUACGAUGUGAUUCAAGUACCGGGAAAGUGACCCCAUUGGCCACGCGUAAGAGGAAGUAUUAAGCCACACUUAGAGAUGUAGUAUACAUUGAUGCUGUAAGUAUUCUAUCAUUGCGACAUGGCAUCCAUAUCAGUAAUGUACACAUUAUGUGCGUUUGUUAUGGCUUCAGGAGGCAAAGAUGGAGCCUCCAACGUCUUCAAGCUUGUCCCAAGAAGGGAUAUCAAUAAAUAUCCUUCUCUCCCACGCCGUAAUUCUACAAAACACGUCAAAGAGGGUCGCAACAUUACAUUUGUUUGCUCAGUCGACUGGGUGACAGAUCCCAUCGUAUAUUGGUACAGAGUAAACAGUACAGGAUACGUUGCCUUUGUCCAAUAUUACAAUGGUGUGUGCAGAGGAAACGUUACAGAAACGUCACUGGUGAAGUUACAUGUUGGAAACACAUCAUGUGGAGAUGAAUCAUAUGAAUUAAGGAUACGAGAUAUUGACCAACAGUACGGCGGUGGAUGGUAUUGUGUGGUUAAUCAGAAGUGGCAAAGUAGAUAUGUUGACCUCGAAGUGGACAUUCAUGAUGAGAUAAGUACUUCUCGGAAACCUCGAGCACCUACCACCAGUAUUCUGCAGACGACAGUUAGCAGACAUGAGGCAUCGUCAACCAAACCAACAGAAGCCGCAACAGAAUACACAACAGAGAGAACAGAUAACGAGUCGCCAUCCAGAAACACCCUGGUUCCUCUGAUUGGUGGAGCUGCUGGCGGCGGGAUCGUCUUAUUGAUUCUCGUCAUCACUGGAUGUGCUCUUUACAGAUCGAAGAGGGGGUCGAACCAUCCAGAUGAUGGACAAGCGUCUACAUAUCCCAACAGACAACCAGGAAAUGCUGAGGCAGUUGUGAUGGAAGAAAAUCCCUUGUACAGCAGCAGUGGCCCGGGAAAUGAUGACUACGCACAGAUAGACUGUCGAGAAUCUGCAUCUCCAUCUCACGAGAAGGGAGAAACCAGUAUGGUGAAGACUCAGCCUAACCCCGAUGACUGUCAAGCUGGUCCGGACAUUGGAGAUAUCUAUGCUGUACCUGACAAAUCCAAGAAGUCUGCAGCAGAGGGGAAGGGAGAAGCCAGCGAGGUGAAGAAUCAACCUAACCUCGAUGACAGAAACCUGAAUCAGCCUGGCCUGGACAGUGGAGAUACGUAUGCCGUACCUGACAAAUCCAAGAAGUCAGCAGCCGAGGAUGUGGAGGAUGUGUACAGUCAAGUGCAGAAGCCGAAAAAGUGAUUCAAGUGGAUUGAGAAGCUCACGUUAAAGUAGUUUUUCCGGUGCUGAUACUUUAAAAAACAUCCGUUACAUCAACCAGGUCCUGGAUGUUGAGUACAUCUGUUGUUUUCUUUUAAAUAAGUGUUAGCGAUGGUACGAACGGAAGAUUAAAGUCUGAUGCGGAACAUUUUGGACUGGCUUUAAUUAAUACAACAUCCACUCAAUGAUGCAGAUCUUUGUAAUUAUCGGUCUAUGUCCCCUAUAACAUACAUAGUUGCUUUUUCAUUUCACAAAUUACCUUCGUUUUUGGGGGGUUUGUUCUUAUAUUUUAUGCCUUAGUAUAUUCUUUUGUGUUUUCAGGAUAAUUUGUUUGUUGUUUAAUACUACAGUCAGCAUUAUUCAAAUCGUAGUCCAUCUCUGUGUCACUAAAUGCGUCUGUACCAGACUCCCUGUUAUUGCUGAUUUGAUCCUGGGGACCUGUUUUCGUUAUGUUUAAAUUAAUCGUGAAUAUCAUGUCCUUUUUAUGCCUCGUGCAUGUUAAUCUGUUGAUUUGAACCUUUUGUUACUAUACUGUUACACAAGUAGAUUAUGCUCCCGAAAUAUACGUCCAAAACAUUUAGUGUCUAGCUAUAGCCGUAUAACAAAGUAACACAGUGCGAACACGGUACAACCGGUAGUAAGCAGGGCCAUAGGGGUAAGAGGGGAAAUGUCAAAGUUUACCUUAUUUUCACAGCAGUUAUUCCAGCAUUCCUUCACUCGACAAGGUGUACUGAGUAUGUGAAUCCCUUUGUGUGUUGGAUCAUGAGUCUCAUUAUCAUGUCACAAACGUGUUUAAUGGUGGACAGAUCAGGGUGCUGUUGUAUAAAACAACCUUAGCGCUAACACUACCUUAAGUCUAUGUUGAGGUAUGGUCACCUUAGCGCUAACACUACCUUAAGUCUAUGUUAAGGUAUGGUUACCUUAGCGCUAACACUACCUUAAGUCUAUGUUGAGGUAUGGUCACCUUAGCGCUAAGAUGGCUUUGUACAACAACACCCAGAACUCAUGCUAUGGCAUUCUGUGUACCUUGUGCUGCUAGCUGGAGGUGAACAUUGCCCAUGUGUGGAUUAGUAAGAGAGUAUUUGUUUUGAACUACAAACUUCCAAUCACACGCCUUAAGAAACUGACAACAACUGAUGGCGCAAUGUUUUCCCUUUGGUACACUCUGGUAACACCUCCUUUCAUUGUAUGGUUUGGUUUGGUUUGGAUCUUGUCGAACGUCGCACUCAGCAAUGUUCCAGUUGUAUGGUGGCGGUCUGUAUAUGAUCGACCAGACAAUCCAGUGAUCAAUAGCAUGA